UUUAAGAAUCAAUGGCUUUGACACUCCAGUGCUGCUUCUGCUUAGCCAUAUGCCUUGGUUUAGGGUUCUGGGCUUCUCAAGUAGAAGCUAGAACUCUUGAUGAAAUGGCUAUGGUGAAUAGGCAUGAGCAAUGGAUGGGUGAAUAUGAGCGUGUGUAUAGAGAUGUUAAAGAGAAGGAGAAGCGGUUCUUGGUGUUCAAGAACAACGUGGAACGUAUAGAGUCUUUCAAUAAAGAUGGGAAUAAACCAUAUAAGCUAAGUAUCAAUCGGUUUGCAGAUUUAGAGAAUGAAGAGUUCAAGGCAGUUCGUACUGGAUAUAUGAUGAAAUCUACAGGAAAUAAAAGGUCAUCUUCUUCAAACACAGUUUUUAAGUAUCAUAACGUGACUGCUGUGCCAACUAGCUUGGACUGGAGAAGGCAAGGAGCUGUUACCCCUAUCAAAGACCAAGGCCAAUGUGGUUGUUGUUGGGCAUUCUCAGCAGUUGCAGCCAUGGAAGGAAUUAACAAACUAAAGACUGGUAAGCUAGUCUCUCUAUCCGAACAAGAACUAGUAGACUGUGAUAUAAACGGUAUUGAUUCGGGCUGCGAGGGUGGACUCAUGGACAAUGCUUUCCAAUUCAUCCAACAAAACCAAGGCCUCACAACUGAAUCUAACUAUCCAUAUGAGGGAAUUGAUGGAACUUGCCAUAAGAAAAAGGCAGCUUUCCAUGCAGCAAAGAUCACUGGAUAUGAAGAUGUUCCUGCUAACAAUGAGAAAGCACUACUCAAAGCAGUGGCUAAUCAACCUGUCUCUGUUGCCAUAGAAGGAAGUGGAUUUUCUUUUCAGUUCUAUUCAAGUGGGUUAUUCACUGGGGAGUGUAGCACUAAUCUGGAUCAUGCAGUUACUGUGAUUGGUUAUGGUAUGAAUAAAGAUGGAACUAAGUAUUGGUUGGUGAAGAAUUCUUGGGGGACUGGUUGGGGUGAAAAUGGGUACAUGAAUAUUCAAAGAGAUGUUGCUGAAAAAGAAGGUCUUUGUGGACUUGCCAUGAAAGCAUCUUACCCUACUAGAUAAUAAUAAGUUAUAGAAUUAAGUGAUAAAGGAACUCCAGUUCUUCAUGUUUUAUUCCAGAAAUGAAAAAUAUGUACAUAUAGUCGUGUCAAUUGUCUGUUGGUGUUGCUUGUAUAAUAAAAACUUGUAAGCAUGGACUGUUAGUAAAAUAUUGAAGUUCAAAA